CUGCAACUCAACUUCCAUGGCCACAAGCACCCUGCAAUUUCAAAAUGGUUCUUCCAAUUUCUUCCCUUCUUUCAAUCCUCCUUCUCCUUGUCCUGUCCCCUUCCUCUACAGUUUCAGUUCCAAUUCAAGAUAGUUUUCUCCAUUGUCUCACUUUCCAUUCUCCGAUUGUCAUUCCUUUCUCCACUGCCUUUUACACUCCAAAUAAUUCUUCUUUCUUUUCUUUUUUACAGUCUUCUGCUCAGAAUCUCAGGUACUUGUUGCCUUCUGUACCAAAGCCUGAAUUUAUCUUCACUCCCUUGCAUGAAACCCAUAUCCAGGCUGCUGUUAUCUGCUCAAAACAGCUUGGAAUUCACAUCAGAGUUCGCAGUGGAGGCCAUGAUUAUGAGGGUGUUUCUUAUGCUUCUGAAAUUGAAACGCCUUUCAUCAUUGUAGACCUUUCAAGGCUUCGUUCUGUCACUGUUGAUAUUGAAGAUAACAGUGCAUGGGCUCAGGCUGGUGCUACAGUUGGUGAAGCUUACUAUAGAAUUGCUGAAAAAAGCAAAAUUCAUGGCUUCCCAGCUGGCCUUUGCUCCAGCUUAGGGAUUGGUGGGCAUAUUACUGGAGGUGCUUAUGGUUCCAUGAUGAGAAAGUACGGUCUCGGUGCUGAUAAUGUCAUCGAUGCUCGUAUAAUCGAUGCCAAUGGCAGAGUUCUUGAUCGACAAGCCAUGGGAGAAGAUCUCUUUUGGGCUAUUAGAGGAGGCGGAGGAGGUAGCUUUGGAAUCAUUGUUGCUUGGAAACUUAAAUUGGUUCCGGUACCGGAAACUGUUACAGUUUUUACGGUUACCAAGACAUUGGAAGAAGGUGGGACUUCAAUCCUUUACCGGUGGCAGCAAGUUGCAGAUAAACUCGAUGAGGAUCUCUUCAUCAGAGUCAUCAUACAACCGGCAGCUAUAGGCAACAGUACUAAAAGAACUGUAACAACUUCCUACAAUGCCCUGUUUCUUGGAGAUGCAAACAGACUCCUCCAAGUGAUGCAAAGCAGCUUUCCUGAAUUGGGUUUGACAAGAAAAGAUUGUAUGGAAACAAGCUGGAUCGGAUCAGUGCUAUACAUCGCCGGCUACCCAAGCACUACACCUCCAGAAGUUUUACUUCAGGGGAAGUCUCUGUUCAAAAACUACUUCAAGGCAAAAUCAGAUUUUGUCAGAGAACCCAUUCCUGAAACAGGACUUGAGGGACUCUGGCAAAGGUUAUUAGAGGAAGAAAGUCCAUUGAUGAUAUGGAAUCCUUAUGGAGGAAUGAUGAGUAGAAUUUCAGAGUCAGAAAUCCCAUUCCCUCACAGAAAGGGAACCUUGUUUAAGAUCCAGUACUUAUCAAACUGGCAAGAUGGAGAAAAGAAUGCAGAGAAGCACAUGAAUUGGAUUAGAAAGCUUUACAACUACAUGACACCAUAUGUUUCCAUGUUUCCAAGAACUGCAUAUGUAAAUUACAGAGACCUUGAUUUAGGAAUGAACAAGAAGACAAACACUAGCUUUAUGGAAGCGGCUGCUUGGGGGAACAAGUACUUUAAGGACAACUUCAAUAAACUAGUAAAAGUGAAGACCAAUGUUGAUCCAGACAAUUUUUUCAGACAUGAACAGAGCAUUCCACCUCUUCCAAUUUCUUUGAGAAGACAAAGAAGAGGAAGAGGAGGAGGAAGGAAAGAUUAGAGAUUUAAGUUUAGCUUCUGGAUGCAUGUGUCCCUAAAUUUGUUUGGCCAAUUAAAGGGGAAUAAUAAUUUUUAUAGAAAAUAUAUGGUCUAAGGGUGUUGUUGAAAAGUUUCUUUAAGGGUUUUGUUUAACAAGAUACUUUGUUUCUCUUGCUCUAUUUUGUUGUA